AUGCCACCCAGAAACUCAACCAAAUUCAAGAUUCAAGGCCAGCCAAUCUUGCCCGUCUCUACCAAAGACAAGAUUGCAGGUGUUUGGCCGAGCAUCUUGUUCCAGAUAUUGAAAAAGCACACUCUCCCCAAUGUCGCGAUGAUUGGGUGCUUCCGCUAUGGGAUCGACCUACGCACAACGGUAGUCAUUCUUUUGAACGCCUCCGACGAACAGAAAGAGUGCGUCGAUUUCAAUUUGGAGGAAAUACGCAAGCUUCUUGACCGCCACGGCCUGCAGCACGUCGCAGUGGCGGUUGAGAACGGUAUUGUUUCACUCGGAAAUGGAGAGGCUCACUCCAUCGGGGAUCUAGAUCACCAAAUCCUGCGGGAUCCAGCGGCCAUCAUCGGCCAAAGCUUGGCACACAAGUCCAACAAGAACGCCGCCGGAACACUCGGUGGAUUUGUCGAGCUCAAGAUUCAGGGCUCUUGGGUGACCAUGGCGCUGACAUGCUCCCAUGUUGUCUGUAGCGAAGAUCUUAGUCAAGAGAUGUUGGACUAUUGGAAGCGACGUUCGAUGGAGCCCCGCGGUGGCAAGUCCGCAGACGAAGUCCUCCUGAGAUGGAACGACUACGGCGUCUCGCCAAACGAUGAAAACCGAUUCAUGCUUGAGAUCGCCCACCCCGCUCCCGCUGCACUCACCAAAGCCAAGAAGUCUAUGGCGGCAGAACUGGAGGUCCUCAUGGCCAUGGAUAACCUCCAGGAUCUUCUAGACAAGGACGAGAGAGGCGAGGGAGAUUUCAUUCCCCGUGGUGAGAGACAAACACUUAAACGAGGGAAGUAUCUGUUCGAGCACCUCAAAAAGUGCAAAGAGUUCAUCGCCAAGGAUGGUGGUGACUUUGGCAUUGUAUGGGCCGCAUCUGGGCUCAACGCCGAGCACAAGAGCACGAGAGGAUUUGAAUGGGUUGAUCGCAAUGGUACUCAUAUCGAGAAGCUCACACUCAAGUCGAGCAUUGACUGGGCCCUCAUCAUUCCGCCUGAUUAUCGAAUUCCCAAAGUUCCAACCCCGUACCCUCGGUACCACGAUAUUUCAAGACGUUCGUUAUUCCCCCAAGAUCUGGGUGGAACCGAAGUAUGUAUGGAAGGCCAAAGAAACCAAUUCUCAACCGGCUUCAUACACAGCCUGGUCACCGCGAGCAAUUUCGAAGCCUUUGAGAGUCACCUCAAGGUUGAUUUGGUGAAGGAUGUACGAACAAAUCUUGAUUGGGUCGUCACGGGUAAGGUCCGUAUCGAUGAUAAGGGAAGAAAGACGUGGGCCCCGUUCAGCCAAGGUGGAGAUUCUGGCUCCCUUGUCUACACGAACACCGAUCCGCAGAAUCGUGUCUUGGUGGGCAUGGUUCGUGCUGGAACAACGCCCGUACCUUGGUGGACCUAUGUGAUCCCGAUCGAGUUUAUCUAUCAGGAUAUCAUUUCCAGAACAGGGGCUGAAGCAAUCCGACUUAGAGUGUGA